AUGAUUAAGUAUUAUACAAAUCAAACUGCUCACAACGGUAGCACUGAGAUUGUCUAUGGACUUUCGUCGGUAGGAAAAUACCUUGUCCCUGAUGAAACUAGAGGCUACUUGGCUUCAUUCACUACAUUUCUAUGUUAUCCUGCAUUGUUACAAGUUUGGAUGAAUUUUAAGGAAGCAGUGGUUGAUGAAGACAUUGAUUUGUUCAAGAAAGUACAUGGAGUGACAAAGUAUGAAUACAUGGGACAAGAUAAAAAAAUGAACCAAGUAUUUAACAAGUCAAUGGUUGAUGUAUGUGCAACGGAGAUGAAAAGAAUGCUUGAAAUAUACACUGGAUUUGAUGGAAUAUCAACAUUGGUUGAUGUUGGAGGUGGAAGUGGACAAAAUCUGAAAAUGAUUAUAUCCAAAUAUCCAUCAAUUAAGGGAAUUAAUUUUGAUCUGCCACAGGUUAUUGAAAAUGCACCACCAAUUCCAGGUAUUCACCAUGUUGGAGGAGAUAUGUUUCAAAGUGUUCCACAAGGUGAUGCCAUCAUACUAAAAGCUGUAUGUCAUAAUUGGUCUGAUCAUAAAUGCAUUCAAUUUUUAACCAUUUGUCACAAAGCAUUGUCACCAAAUGGGAAAAUCAUUCUUGUGGAAUUCAUAUUGCCAGAACAACCAACAUCAACUCAAGAAUCAAAACUUGUUUCAACUCUUGACAAUCUCAUGUUUAUCACUGUUGGUGGAAGGGAAAGAACUGAGAAACAAUAUUUGAAUUUGGGAAAACUCUCUGGAUUUUCCAAAUUCCAUGUUGCUUGCCGUGCUUUCUCUUGUUUAGGAGUCAUUGAACUUUACAAAUGA